CUGAGGGUUUGUAUUGCUUCACUGGCUGAUGUGUGGCUGGCUGAAAGCAGGCGCCUGGAUUUCUGACCCUCCUAGAACUUUCACUGCGCGCUGCCUAGAAGCUUACUUCUCUAAUUUUAAUAUCCUAAAGGAUGGCUUGUCUUCUUGCUGCUGCUCAGAGAGUUUCUGCGUGGCUUUUCUUCCUUGUGCUUUGGGGCUCGGUUCUAGGUGAGAAGCUGCUGGUGUUUCCUCAGGAUGGAAGCCACUGGCUUAGCAUGAAGGAGAUAGUGGAGCACCUCAGUGACAGGGGUCAUGACAUUGUGGUACUGGUCCCAGAAGUCAGUUUGCUUUUGAAAGAAUCCAAAUACUAUACAAGGAAAACCUUUCCAGUGCCCUAUGACCAGGAAGAGCUGACGACCCGGUACCGUACCUUUGGCAACAACCACUUUGCCCCAAGGUCACAGCUGGAGGCUCCUCAGAGAGAGUACAGAAACAACAUGGUUAUCAUUGACCUGUGCUUCUUCAAUUGCCAGAGCCUCCUGAAGGACUCCGCCACCCUCAGGUUCCUCCAGGAGAGCAAGUUUGAUGCUCUGUUCACAGACCCAGCCAUGCCCUGUGGCGUGAUCCUGGCUGAGUACCUCAACCUGCCCUCCGUCUACCUCUUCAGGGGCUUCCCAUUCUCCUUGGAGCACAUGCUUGGCCAAAGUCCAAGCCCCGUGUCAUAUGUCCCCAGAUUCUAUACCAAAUUCUCAGACCACAUGACGUUUCUCCAGCGGGUGGCCAACUUCAUUGUUAAUAUCUUGGAGAACUAUGUGUAUUAUUGUCUGUAUGCAAAAUAUGAAGUCCUUGCCUCACAACUCCUCAAGAGAGACGUGUCCUUAUCGACCUUACAUCAGGACUCUCUGUGGCUGUUAAGAUAUGACUUUGUAUUUGAGUUUCCCAGACCAAUCAUGCCCAACAUGAUCUUCAUUGGUGGGACCAACUGCAAGAAGAAAGGAGCACUGUCUCAGGAAUUCGAAGCCUACGUCAAUGCCUCUGGGGAGCAUGGAAUCGUGGUUUUCUCCUUGGGAUCCAUGGUCUCAGAAAUUCCAGAGAAGAAAGCUAUGGAAAUUGCUGAGGCUUUAGGGAGAAUCCCUCAGACAGUCUUAUGGCGCUACACUGGAAGUCGACCAUCAAAUCUUGCAAAGAAUACAAUACUUGUCAAGUGGUUACCCCAAAAUGAUCUGCUUGGUCAUCCAAAGGCUCGAGCAUUCAUCACACACUCUGGCUCCCACGGUAUUUAUGAAGGAAUAUGCAAUGCGGUUCCAAUGGUGAUGAUGCCCUUGUUCGGUGAUCAGAUGGACAAUGCCAAGCGCAUGGAGACCCGGGGAGCUGGGGUGACCCUGAACGUCCUUGAAAUGACCGCUGAUGAUUUAGAAAAUGCACUGAAAGCUGUCAUCAAUGACAAAAGCUACAAGGAGAAUGUCACGCGCCUCUCCAGGCUUCACAAGGACCGUCCCAUUGAGCCGCUGGACCUGGCUGUAUUCUGGGUGGAGUUCGUGAUGAGGCACAAGGGGGCACCCCACCUGCGCCCUGCUGCCCAUGACCUCACUUGGUACCAGUACCACUCCCUGGAUGUGAUUGGCUUCCUCCUGGCCAUCGUGCUUACAGUGGUCUUCAUCGUCUUCAAAUGCUGUGCCUACGGGUUCCGUAAAUGCUUUGGGAAAAAGGGGCAAGUUAAGAAAACACAUAAAUCUAAGACCCACUAAGUGGGUGGGAAGGGGAUGUUUUGAUCUAUUCUCCAAAUCAUUUGAAACUUGAGAACAGAAUCAGUGUUAAAUUCAUAUUCUUAUUAUGGAAAAUGUGUCCCUAAGUUAGAUACCCAGAGCAUUUUUAAAUAAAAAUAAUCUAAUUUCUGUUCACACCUACAGGGGAGGGUAUUUGUAUAUGUGGCCUGCUUUUCCAGUAUUUUUAAUCUGGACAACACUUGCCAUCUGUCUGUGACCUAUAGGAAAGUUUGGCACUCAGUGUUAGAUUUCUUGCUCGGAAAUGUGGCCUCUUUGAAAGUUCCAGGAUUGAUGGGCUCCUGCAGCUCCCCUACCUCCCUCCGCUGAUGGCUCAGUGUGUCAUCUGGGUUCUUCUACCUGCUGCAGUCACGCCUUCCCCAGUGCUGGUCCUUCCUCAGUGGGGUCAUACUUUGUGGUGGCGUAACCUUUGUAGACUUAUGGUCCUUCAUAUGAACAAAUCACUUGGAACCCUGGGAACGGUGAAUGACGUCUGACAUUGGGGAAAGGGGUAAUGCUAUGACAUUGAUGGUGGAGGUUGAGAGGAAAAUCAUUACUUGUGUGAAAGGGGUGGGUCUGAAUUUGAUGAAAACCAAAGUGUAUUCCUGGGCAAGUACAUUUUCUGUAGUGUUUCCCACAACUAGGAACUUGUUAAUAAAUUUGUAUAAAUUAUA